CGGCGACACCCGCCCCGACCACCACUCUUGCUGGUGCGUGUUGUGAUAGCUAUACCUCCCUCCAUCCCUCCUCCUUCCCCCCCGUACCUGACUCAGCCGCCACCUCCUUCACCUCACACUGCCAUCCUCUUGACCAUCCAUACAGUGUUACAUAUGUGUUGCAAGGGAUUGUGUACAAUACCAUUGUAUACCUUGGAAUAUUUUUGUCCAGUUGUGCCUGUACUGUCAGUGUUUGUGUGUGUGUGGAAAGUGGCUACUGGUCACGAGGAGAAACUUUUCCCAGUCCAGCCAUUCUUUUCCCACCAGCCAGAAAUAACGUAGACGUAACAGUGUAGAGGUAGUGUUGACUCUGAGGUGUAGUACUGCAGUGGCUUAAUAAAGACGGUGUGCUCACUUACCCGAUGUUAAUGAGGAAGCUAUGGAGGGUUUGUUGUGACACGGGUCCAACAGGCGUAUAGUAAUGACCGUGACAAGUGUUCCAGCCAGCCAAGGAAUCCGGGUACACCGUCGCUGUAUUCUGGAACUCGGAUGACAUUUACCUCUCGCCAACACUCCCACCUACCUCACGCCUCCUCACCCUGUAGACACAAACAUAACUGAUAACGCUUGCAGUUGUUAGUAGCGAAAAUAUCAUGUUUGUGUGUUUAUUAGCCAUUGCUUUAAUAGUAAAUGUGUUUGUAUGACUAGUGUUACUGGUGGAGUGUGUUGGUGUUGUGUGUCCUGAGUGUGUUACUCGAGAACACUUUCAACUAAUCGUUCUUGCUCAGUGGAUUAAGAGACCUGUUCAUAUCACUGAAUGAUCUUAGAAAAAUGUAAAAGUUAUACAUUUAAAGAGAGAGAGAGAGAGAGAGGGAGAGAGAGUGAGUCAAUGAUGUGUGAGGGUGAGGAGAGCCGGAGUGAAGAAGGUGAAGGAAGAUCAGGGUGGACGACACACUGGCACUGGUGAACCUUGUCAACAAACUCUCCGUCCAUCACACUCACCCUGCAACACUUAAACGAGACAUUUAAAAGAGUGCCACCGUCCGAACAUUACUAAUCGUCAGCGUGAGUGAGAAACAUGACCUUUGUAUUGAAGGAUUAUGUAAACAUUAAAUGGAAAGUUGAAGAAGAUCCAGUGGGAAAUACAGUUUCCUUAAAGCAGGCAAACUGGAUAUCUGAACACGUGUAUGACGCCGCCAGUAUCUUCUGUUGGAGGUGCGGUCAUGGCGGCGUGGUGGGCGGGGUGGGCGGUGCAGGCGGCGGCAGCGUAACGGGGAGCGGGUGGCGCGCCGCCCCGAAGUCGGGGGGCGCAGCUUCCGGACCCGGGUCGCCGCCUGCCAUGUCCAAAGGCCGCACGCGAGGACCCACCUCGACAGCGGCUAACGGCGGCGGCACCACCACCACCAGCGCCUCCCCCAUCACCACCACCACCGUUACGCCCCCCGUCACCGCCACCUCCAACAUGAACGGAGAGCGGCGCUCUGGCGUUGAAGUAGUGACGCCUUCCAGCCGUCGGCCCGUCCGUACUUCUGCCACCUUCACCUCUAGCAUCAAGGGCCUCUUGCAGCAGCGGGAGGACGCGGGCGGAGGUGUUGGUGUCUUCUCGACCCUGCGGCGCUCUAUGCCGCGCUCUAGGUCGGCAUCUUCACACGCGGAAGGGCGCCCUGGCCAGGAAGAGACUUCGGGGGGACGCCGCCCUGGACUCCCCCCUUUGCGGACUCCUGGGGGCCCCGCACCUCGUGGUCGACGAACACUCUCUAAUAUGGCCUCAAAGAGGCGCUCAGUCAUCCUGGAGGAGGACAAAGAGGCCCUGAACGGUGAAGAAGCCACUGGUCCACCGCCCCCUGCUCCGGGCGUCGGUGGGAGUCGGCGACAUUCACCCCGGGCGAGGCGCUCCCAAAGUGUGCAGGAGGAGCGCCAGUCACCGGCCAGGGAACCCGGCAUCACCAAACAAUAUAGUGUAGAUGAACGUGUGUCAAAACCUAAUAAAUCUUCCCCCGGAGACGAUUCCCCGAGAACUGACGAAGAACAUACCGAGGGCGUCUCGAAAGAGGGGGGAGAAAGAACCCGAGAGGCUGGUACUCUAACAGAAAAAGAGAAAGUUGAGUGUGAACGUGAUGAAAAAGACAAAGAUGAACGUGAGGAAGAGGAGCGACGUGCUCCCGUAGAUGAGGAGGAAGCGGAGGAAGCGGUGGAUAAGUCCACGGAUGGCCGCUUCCUCAAGUUUGACCACGAGAUCGGUCGUGGCUCCUUCAAGACGGUGUACCGCGGCCUGGACACCGAUACUGGCGUCGACGUGGCCUGGUGCGAGCUCUUGGAGAGAAAAUGGAACAAGAACGAAAGACUAAGAUUUCGAGAGGAGGCAGAGAUGCUGAAGGGUCUACAGCAUCCCAACAUUGUACGAUUCUAUGACUAUUGGGAAGUGCCCAGUGCCAAGCGCCGAUGUAUUGUCCUUGUCACUGAGCUCAUGACAUCGGGCACUCUGAAGCAAUAUCUGCGUCGUCUGCGAAAAGUUAACCUCAAAGUGCUGAAGAGUUGGUGCCGGCAAAUUCUUAAAGGAUUGCAGUUUCUUCACUCACGGUGUCCUCCCAUCAUACAUCGAGAUCUCAAGUGUGAUAACAUCUUUGUCACAGGGACAACAGGCUCGGUAAAAAUUGGAGACCUUGGACUCGCCACGCUUAAAAAUAGAUCUUGUGCCAAAUCUGUAAUUGGCACUCCAGAGUUCAUGGCUCCGGAGGUGUAUGAGGAGCACUAUGAUGAGAUGGUUGAUGUGUAUGCCUUUGGUAUGUGCAUGAUGGAGAUGGCAACUUUAGAAUACCCAUAUAAAGAAUGUUCUGGUCCAGCUCAGAUCUACAAGAAGGUUACCACGGGAGUGCGACCUCAAAGUUUCUUGAAGAUCGAAGAUGAAGACGUUAAAUAUAUCGUCGACUGGUGUACAAGACUCCAUAAUGAGGAAAGACCAACAGUGAAAGAUCUCCUGAAUCAUGAGUUCUUCCAGGAGGACACAGGCAUCAAGGUUGAUUUGGGAAAUAAAGAGGAAGCAAUCGCUUCUGACUUAGGAAAAGUUGUUUUAAGGUUACGGGUAGUUGAUGCAAAGAAAAGAAAAGAUAAACAUAAAGAAAAUGAGGCCAUCCAGUUUGACUUUGACAUAGAAAAUGACAAUCCAGACAUGAUUGCUGAAGGAAUGGUUAAAAUGGAAAUGAUAUUUGAAGAGGAUGAAAGGUCAGUAGCCAAAAUGAUACAAACUCAAAUCCAUAACCUCCAACGGGAACGUGAAGAACGCCGCAAGAAAGACCUUAGGGAGAAAGAGAAACAGCAGAUGGAGGAACAGCAGCAGCUACAACAGCAGCAGUUACAACAACAACAGCUGCAACAACAGCAGCAACAACAACAACAGCAGCAGCAGCAGCAGCAACAACAACAACAGCAGCAGCAACAACAACAGCAGCAGUUGCAACCACAGCAGCAGUUGCAACCACAGCAACAACCAACAUUACAGACACAAACUUCAGUCCAGCAGCAGUCAACUGUGCCACAACAAACACCACAAGUACAACAACAACCAACCCAACUUGAACAACAGCCACAGCAACCCCAGUCAGCUCAGCCACAACAGCCUAGUGCACAACAGCAGCAGCAGCCUCCACAGCAGCCAACUGUUCAGCAGGAUUCUCAACAGUCAAUAGUGGGGGAUGGACUUUCAGAACAACAAGUAGAUGGUGUGCGGGAAUCCGGGUAUUACACCUUGACUUCAGGAAAUGAAAGUCAGCAAGCAUUCACACAGGAUGGGCAGUACUUUGGUGGCAACUUUGGGUUUGGGACCUACCAAAGUAGUUCUUCACACUACCAACCAGUAAGUUCUAGUUACCAGUCUCAGUACCAGCAGACUCUCACUACUGGGAGUACUUCAGUGUCCCAGAGCUACUUGCCCACCUCUGCAUACCAACCAACCUCACUGCAGCCAACCCAGCUGUCAUCCCAGCAUACCUCUCAGCAAUCUUCACAAGUGCAGGUAGAUCCACAACACCAGCAGCAACAACAGCAACAUCAGCAACAACAGUCAGAAUAUUACAUUAGUUCACAGGUUCCAGUUGGGAGUGGAACUACAGUAAUUACAUCCCAGCACCCUAUGGGGAUGCCACAACCCCAGGUGCUUACAUCACAAGGAAUGAUUAUUGGUGCAACUCCUGUAGUUAUGGCUUCUCAGCCAAUGGCAGGUCUAAGCCAUUCUUUGGUGAUGGCAUCAGGUCCCAUGGUGGUACCUUCCAUGCCUUCAGUGGCCUUGUCUCAACACUUAACUCCAGUGGUGUCAGUCAUGUCCCAGCUUUCUGGAGUAGCAUCACAACAGCCACCUUUGUCUUCCCAACAUCUUGUACAUCCACCUCAGCCUUCAGCUCUUCUAUCACAACCAUCCAUGGUUCCUUCUCAGCCGACUGUUCUCUCAUCUCAGCCACAGGUUCUCUCUUCCCAACCGGCUGUAUUGCCCUCUCACUCUCAAGCAAUACUUCCUCAGGCUGCAGGGAAUCUAUCGCAAACAGCCAUGGCAUCAGAAACAUCAGGGGUUAUACCCCAACUUAGAAUUGCACCACAAUCAGUGAUAUCGUCACAGUCACAUGUGGCAUCUCAAUCAGUUGUAGCUUCACAACCAGUCCCAGCUUCACAGCCAGUGGCAGCAUCUCAACCAGUGGCAGCAACACAGCCAGUAAUAGCUUCACAGCCAAUGGUAGCUUCACAGUGUUUGAUUGCUCCACCAGCAGUGGUGUCUUCACAGUCCAUGGCUGUUCCACAGCCUGUAAUUGGUUCACAGCCCCUGGUUGUCUCUCAGCCAGUAAUUGUGCCACAGCCAGUGAUUGGUUCACAGCCAUUGGCUGCUUCACAGCCCAUAGUAUCUUCACAGUCAGUGAUAGCUUCUCAACCACUUGCAACAUCACAGGCAGUGAUGACUUCUCAGUCACUUGCAGGUGUAGUGGAAGCACCUGCAAUAAGUCUAACAGAAUCACUAAUUCAUUCUAGUGUGAGUAAGCCAAAUGUAAUGGCACCCCAGGGUAGCUCAUCUGAGAUGGUGCAAACUGUAAUGCCACAGUCAGGCAUAGUGCCAACCCUUGUACCAUCCCAGUCAUCAACCAUUCUAGUGCAGCCAUCAGCAGCGUCAACAUCUGUUCCUGAGUCAGCUUCUUCAACUCUUCCUAGCAGCAGUACAACCUCACAGCCUGGUGUUAUACAAUCCCACUUAGGGUUAUCGCAACAUUUAUCCGUUUCAACCAGUCAGCCAUCUGUAGCCCCCUCACAGGUUUCAUCAACUCCUGGGUUGAUGCCUUCUCAGUCAACUGUAACACUAACACAGCCGGGAGCUUCAGCACUACAAACUGGAGGUCCACUUUCCCAGCCAGAAUUAGUAGCAUCUCAGCCAGCAGCACUACAGUGUCAACCAUCAGUGGUGCCAUCUCUACCCGGGGUUGUGUCGUCAGUUCCACCACUCGGAGCGUCCCAGUCAUCGUCUACAGUAGCCAGUGAUGCAAGCCAGGUGGAAACUUGUCCAUCGCCCCAGAUACUUACAGACGCAUACUCUCACCUGCUGAAUGAUAGGCCUGGUGGCACUGGUUUGGAGACGCAGACCAACAACUCCGUCACAAGCAGCAACACCACCUCUUCCACCAUCAUCACCACCAUGUCCUCCUCCUCAAACACCACCAUCACCUCCUCUACUCACCCUCCAUUUGACCCCAGCGCCGCCUCCGAGUCAGAGUGCAGCGAACAUCCGGCCGAUGGGUCCAGCAGCAAGCCACACAAGAGGAUCCGAAAGAAAAAAACCUACGAUCGGUUUCCAAAGUUGACCGUGUUGAGUGUGAAACAUACAAUGGUUGAGUGCCAACUGGAGACCAUCAAACAGAAGACCAUCACUUUCAAGUUUGACAUUACAGACAAUGACCCACAAGAUGUCGCCAACAAAUUGGUCAUGACCAAUCUGUUGCCUGUAAACCACGCUGAAGUUGUAGUCAACUACAUUGAAGACAUCAUUCGACAGCUGCAGGCCAACCCUAAUGUCCUUCCAGUUGUCUCCACUCCAGGCCUUGAUUCUCGAAGCCAACACCAUGCUCAAGAGGGUCAUGCCCGUUCACCAUCUUCCUCCAGGCGCCAUCGGGAUGAUCCUGAAAUUAGGGCUCGAUACCUGGCCAGGAAGCUGAGUCGAUCCUCCCCUAAACGGCGGCGACGACACAGCUCAGAUGGUGUGCGCAGAGUCUCGAUCCAUGUACAGCAUCACUCUUCACAAACCUUCCUUACCCAAAUACUCCAUCAUUCAUUCCUUCUACAGCGUGAGGAAGGGGGAGACAGUGCUCCUGGGACUCCCAGCAAGUGUGUUGAACCCAGAGAACCAUCUUCUCAAGUCCAAACAAGCCCUGUGCAUCAGCCACAGUCUCCACAGCCUUCAAUACCACAACAACAACAGCAGGAAGCUCAGCCACAGACAACACAGCAACAACAGACCCAACAACCACAACAACCUUCAGUUAAUGCUCCUGUAGUAUGUGCUCUUCAGCAACCAAUUUCAACUUCACAUAUACCAGCACAACAACCACAGGCUUUCAGGACGUCUCGCUUCCUGGUGAGUCCUGUGGUAGAGCGCAAGCAGAUGCCUGGUGAAGAGUCAGGUGGCCCAUCUGUCCAGCAACAAGUGGAAACUAUAGCUUCCACUCCUAACCCUCUCCUGGAUGAAUCCCCUCAGUCAGACUCCAUUCCUGCUUCCUCUACUGCUGCUCUGCUUCCAUCCGUACCAACCUCCUCUGCCUCUAUUGUGCUCCCACCAUCACAAGACCAGCAGAGUGAUGGUUCAGUCAGUAGUAUUGGUGUUGGCGUGUCAGCAGCUGUGCCCACGUCACAGCCAGGAUCAGGAGGACCCACCCCACCACAUCACUGCACCCCAGAGAGUACCUACACAUCUGAUCACCAGGCCAGACUCUCUCAGCAAAAUUCUCUGGAGAAGAAUGACAGUGUAACUUCCAAUAGCAACCUGUCAGAGCUGGCUCGUAAACUACAGCAGUUGGGAACAUCUGGAGGCACAGUCCCUCCUCUUACACUAUCUUCUUCACAUUCGAUGCCUCCACUCUCUGGCCCCAGCCACCCUGGGACUCCCAUAUCUCUGGCCUCCCACCCUACCUUCAGCCAAGAGCUUAACAUGCAGCUCGCAGGGGUGCUGAAUUCUGGGGCAUCGCGGUGUACACGGGCCCUCUGGUCGCCGUCUACCAACUACAAAACCUGCCCAGCCUUCUUCCACGUUUUGGCUCCUGAGGGUGGUACUGGUGGCAGCACUACUGGUGAGGGUGGCAUGACAGCAGCCAGCUUGGGGAUCCCUGUCCAGGAAGCUAAUAUUGUAAUGCAGCCACAGGGACCUCACUACACUAACCGCACAACUGACAUCCCUCCAACUGAGCUUAUUCAGCAGGUUGCAUGUGAGGUGGAGGGUAAGGAGGGAUUGCGUUCCCUCCCACUGCCCCUAGACUCACCCCACAUGCAUCCCCCGGGUGGUGCUCUCACCAUCGUGGUCACUCCUCCCAUACCACCGCUGAGCCAGGCCUUACUACCACAUUCCCAGGGUGUUCUGAGCAUGGGAAUUGAUGACAGAAGAGUAUUGGCCACGCCUCCCAUCACCAGUGAUACGGUAACGGCACCUCUGGUUACACCUGCAGUGUUGCACACUCCACUUGCGCCUGCUGGUAUGCUGAUGACUGCACCGGUGCCUGGCAUCAUGGCAGCUCCAACACCAGUUGGGAGUGUUUUAGGAACUCCAUCAGUUCCAUUAGAUUCAGUUGGUAUGCCCAUCAAUACUGACACGUUUCCAAGUUUCCAGGCAGUACCACCGCCUGCUACAGCAAUGCAUCAACUCACAUCAUUACCUUCAGAGAUACCUGCUUCUGCUGUCAACAUCUUUCCUAAUAUGAAUAUGUCCAUAGCACAAACUGGACAUUUUGCAGUCGAUUCCAGUCAGGGUACACUGCCACCUGACCAGGCGACCAGAGAAGCUGGUCACGUGGCUACAGAACAUAGCCAGGUGACUGGAGAAUCAGGUCAAGGGACAGGAGAAGUUAGUCAAGUUGGUGUAGAAGCUACGUAUAUGCCUGUAGUGUCUGGUCAUGUUGCAGUAUGUCAAGGAACAGAUCUUCCUAUUAAUGUACCUGUAUCCAUAUGUAUGCAAACACCUAUGGGCUUGGCAGCUGGGACUCCAGCAGCUAUGACACCCGGUAUGGGCAUGUCUGGAGCUGCACUGGGGCUUCCUCCAGGAGUGAUGCUCGCUGUGCCCACGGGUUCAGGACAGAGGAGUAGAAUGGACCUGAAUGCUCUGAGGGAACAGCUACAGAAGCUUGUACCCGGUGCUCGCCUCACAUUAGCCCACCAUGGAACUGAGGGAAGUGUAAAUACUGGUUCACCCUCCAUUGAUGGUCUACACCCAGUUUACCCACAGUCAUCACUAAGUGCCACUCAGCCAACUAUUGGUGGCAUUCCUCUCACAGUGAUGGGAUCAAACACAGUAGGAGGAGUCAUGCCAAUGGCUCAUGGAGAAGGACUUGGUACUACAGUGGGUGGGUCUGUAGAUCAAAGUAUGAUGCUACCACAGACUGUAAGAUUACCAGGAGGAGAGACUGUGGCAUUAGUUCCUCAAGUUAUGAUGGAAUCUGUCUGUCCUCCACCAAUUGGUUAUCAAACCAUGGUGCCUCUUAACCUAGAUACAGCUACUGCUGCAUCAGCUGGUUUGGCUCGUGUAGGCCCUGAGGAGGCUUAUACGUGGAGACCAACGGGCACCUCCCCUGCACACAUGCAUAGUAAUAUAUCUCUAUCCCGUACACCCUCUUUAAAGGAGUCUGAAGAACAGGGUGAGACCAAACAGCCUCGAACUUCCCGUUUUCAAGUCACAAAGGUGGUUGAAGAAUCUGUGAGAAGGGUAUCUGACACAUCUACAUGCAGCAGCCCUGUUAGCUCGCCUGUUCGUCGUGGACGCUUUGCCGUCACCAAAGUUGCAGAGUCAUCAGAAUCUGCAGAAGGUGCUUCAGGAACUUCUGCCCUAACAACUGGAUUGCUAGAGUCUCAUCCUCGUUUAUUGUUACGUGAAGAUUCUCAGGGUGGAACUCCCUCAGACCCUCCUUCAUUGGGUCCCUCUGCCCCUCCUUCCAUGACAUCAUCAUUUGUCUCGGAGGAUACUCCAGCUACCACUCCAGCCACCCCUGCUGCUGAUGGGGACACCUUUAGUCAAAAACAAUUAUCAGCCAACAACUCCAGUGAAGAUCAUUUGACUGUCUUGGAAGGCAGCCAGUUUAGUGGUGUGGUUACUAGACCCCCUGGCGAUAGGUGGCAGCCCCAGUCCCAGCCUUCAUCCUCUUCCUCAGCUCCUCCCAAGCAGACACCUAUGUGUGAGGAGGCUGUUGUCUCCCCCAUAGCCCAUCCUUAUCCUCACAAUUCUAAUACAGUUCCUGACAAGGGCUCUUUAGCAUUGGGCUAUCAGGCUACAUCCACAAAUAAGUCAAGUGCCACUAAUCAGCAAGCCAAGAUCAAUGCUUUUAAAAAUAGUAAAUCACCUAACUUAAGUGUCCCCGUCAUUUCACCAGUACACGGAACACAGACAUUACCACAAAUUGUGGAAAAACCGCUGCAACCAUUGUAUUCAAAUAAUCCGCCUCCAAGUACACCCCCACCCACUCUAAAGUUGCCCUCUAAUCUGCCUGAUACUAUUAAAAAGAGAUCAUAUACUAUUGGUGGAGGAGCCAUUCCCAAAGUUUCUGAUACACACAGAACAGCUUCAAGCAAAUUUUUAUUUACAAGAAAUGUUUCUUCCUAUGAUGGUGACACAGAAGAAGCUUGUGAAUCAUUACUUACUAGUGACUCUGAUGAAAGGGCUCAUACACUGUGUUGUAGUAGAAGUGUUGAGGUACAGACGGAAGCCUGUAAAGGACAAGAGUGUGAUCGUCCCCCACGCUCGCCUUCAUUGUCUGUAACAUCAAGUCCAACUCACCGCACAAAGCCCAAGACUACGAGGAGUCUGAAUAGUCCAAUUCCUCCUCCAAUCCCACCAAGAAACAAGCCUUUGAAAUCUCCAAUAAAGAAAUCAGGAAGUGUUAAUUGGUUGGAUCGUAGUAGCAGCAUUGUUGACCUAGGAAAUUUGUUUGAAGAAGUUAAACAGUCAAGAGAAAUCUUGCAUAAAUCUCGUGAUUCUUUAUAUCGUUCCAGUGAAAAAAGCACGCUGAGUGUUAGUGGUCCGCUGUCCCGCACUAAGAGUGUCAACAAUAUACAACAUUUAGGAUUGGCUCGGACUAGAGAUUCAGGAUUAUCACAAUCAUCCUGGGAACUUGGAGAUGCAGAUACUUCAUCACAUUUCCGUUCACAAAAACUAGGCAGUAGCUUCAAUGAAGAUCAAAGACCUAAUAUGCUUAGUGUAUCUUCAAAUAUAAAGCGUAGUCCAGCCUUACGAAGGCUAACUGGUCGGGAAAAACUCGGUAUUAAUGUAGAGGACUCGGUUUACCACACCGUCCAUACACCAUCUCAUGCAAGCGUGAACCCCCGUACUAAGUCACGUGGCCGACCUGGCACCCCUAAUACCCCAGCAUUCCAAGAAGAUGUAUAUUAUACUAUACAGGGAGGUGCUGGAGUGACUCAGCAUUAUCAGACUGAAGAAUCCCGAGCAUGGCAACCAUCAGGCUCGAUGCCAAUGCAUCACCCAAAAACUUAUUACAAUUCAUCAAGUUCUAGCAGUGAAGAAGGUUUUGAAGAGGAUGAUCCAUUAUAUGAACCACUACAUGAAUCGCCAACAAAUGUGUCACCUACAGAAGCAUAUAUUCCUCAUUAUCCACUUGAAACACCUUACCUUUCUCCUCGAUCUCCAAAAUAUUAUUUUCAUCAUCACUCCCCACCUCAUACAAUGUAUUAUCCUCCUUUGUCCCCAAAGAGUCCUAAGCACCAUCUUUACUCUCCAAAAUCUUCUCACCAGUAUAGUCAUUCACCUCACCAGAUGUAUCCAAAUCCUCAGUGCUCUCCACAGUCUUCACACUGUCCUCAGUCCUAUCAUUACCCAUGUACCUGCAUGCACCAGAGCUACCCCAACCCCCUCUGUAGCCGACCAUGGCCCUCGCCCACAGCCCAGCUUGAAACGGGUCGUUCGUGCUCUUGGACAGAGGACGAGGAACUGGAAACUGUGAGACACGAAUUAGAGGAUCUUUCAGAGGAUGAUGACAGCUUUCAACAACUUCUCUCUAAGCAAGAACAUGAGGAGGUUGAAUUGCGCCGCCGCCACCAACAGGAGAGAGAGGCUUUCAAGGUGCUACGCUUGCAACGGUGUCACCAGAAUAGACGACCUAAAUCACUUCGUCUGGCAUCCUCUCCUGGGCCUCCUCCAUCAGGAACAACUCCUACUUCACCCCUCUGUCAAACUGAUGAUACACACUCAGAAGGCUGUAAGGAGCUUGCAGGAAUUAGUGAUUCUGUAAUCAUGUCUGAUCAUUCUGGGGAGACAUCUACAUCAGCUGUAUCAUCAGGAACUAAAAAGGGGCGUACGAUAUCAGAGGACAUGCUGGAAUUGGUGCAGAAUCUUGGACCUACCCGGCCACAACCACGUCCUCCUCCCGGGAAGAUGACUCUCAACCAGAUGAUGGCUCAGCAGAAGACAUCAACAUUAGUACCACCAAUAGGACAGAGACCAUUUUAUUCUUCAGUGGGAAUUGCAGCUGGACCAUAUCCUGGCCAAUACUUCUCCGCAUAUCAGACAUUCCCCAUACCAUACCAACGGCUGUCAGAUGGCUCAUAUGUGGCUGUGUCCAAAGUAGACGAUGGUUCUGCAGCUCCAUCAAGCACGAGUAGUAGCAGCAGUAAUAUACAGCAACAACAGCCACCUGCCACAAGUGCCUCCUGGGUACAUUGGCAACAGCAGUAGGUGUGGCCAACAUUCCAAGUUCCCACUCAGGGACGGGAACCUGCAUCUGUGAUCCUGUAUUUUGUACGUACUCCCAUGUGGAGAUGGACUCAAAUCAACAGCAAUGGAAACAAUGCCUUUAUGACAGGUUGACAGAUAAUUCUCAUGAAAAAAAUCCAUGUGUGUUGUGGAUGAUACAUAGCACUUUUUCUGGGGAAAAUAUUAAUAGGGAGCUAAGUUGUCAAGGGACAGCAAUGUUUCCAGUGCUUGUUGUGGAGUUACCAACUAGUCAUGCAAUAGAAAGGAUGAAAUUUUCAAAUUAUUGUGGGUGUGUUUGAACACCGAAGUUGUGUGCAUCGCAAAAUAUUUGAAUUGAUACCUCAGUCAUCCAUUCUGUUCCUUUUAGAUAUGACUAGAUUUAUUGUUUGCUAUAGUGAUUCCUUUUUUAUUAUAUUACUGUUCCAUGACUGUAUGAGAACAAAUAUAUCUUUUAGAUAAAAUUGAUCAAUCAGAAUGAAACACUUCCCUUUGUUCAUCAGUUAUAAGUAUGAACAAGGAUUAAAUGGUGUAAAUGUUGUAAAAUAUGUACAGAGAGACAGUUGUACAGUGAGGGGAUUGUGAUGGGGCCGGUGAUGAGUACUGGUUUAGGGAUGAAAACAUUGGCCCCAGUAAAAUUUAUCCAUGUAUGGGCAAACCAACACUGAUCGGUCUUCCAGCAGCCACUUAGAGGGUGAUACAUGCACAUCAUAUGAGCAGCCCCAUACUGCACAUAGGUUAUUGGGUCUGCUCAAGGUAAUGCUAACAGUGAUUGUUGUUAGGAAGCCCUUUAAAUUAUAUUUCUUACUGAGACUUCUCAGUGUUGUCAUCUUUAGCAGAAGGCUUUCUUUUAUUAGACUGCACAUUGCAUUGCAAAGGUAAGGGAUUGGGACACAUAAUAAGAUAAUCUUUGUGAUUGAAAUUGGUGCUACUGCCUUGCUUAUAUGCAGUAUCUAAGUUUUUAUAGGAGCAUAUCUAUUAGUAGAGGAAAGUACGUGGGAUUGAUAAGGAAAUUUCAGGUAGCUUGAAAGUGAAGUGCUAGACAGCAUGAUUAUGGUUUAACCUGCCAAGGGAUAGAUUAAUUCGUCUUGGAGGUCUUUAACUCUUGAAAACGUCAACCAGGAUUGUAUUGCCAUCAGCACCACAUAAACUGGGAGUUACAAAAUUUAUGAGGAUCUUUAGUAUACUUAUAUAACUACAGCUUGUGAAUAUGGUAAGUAGGGCCUUCUGAUCCUUGAUAAAUAUAUGAAGUAGGUAUUCUGAUGAAGUAUGCCACCAAAUGCUUCAUCCUGAACAUAGAAACUCAAUACAUGGUAGCAGUGCAAUUACAAUUUAGUACAUAUUGGUCAUACAACAUCAUGUACACAGGAUAUAUAUAUAUAUAUAUAUAUAUAUAUAUAUAUAUAUAUAUAUAUAUAUAUAUAUAUAUAUAUAUAUAUAUAUAUAUAUAUAUAUAUAUAUAUAUAUAUAUAUAUAUAUAUAUAUAUAAAUAAAUAAGUAAAGAGUGUCAGGGUGUUAUGAUGAUUAGUAACCAAUUUUCAUUCACUUGUCUAUCAUUUGUGGAUGUAUCUAAGAGCUGGUAGAUGAUGUACAUCAAAUUUUCAAGUGUUUGCCAUUGAAUUGUGUGUGGCAGUGGCCUUUUGAUUGUAGUGAUAUACUUGUAUUAUAUAUUAUUUAGCAUCAUCUGCAUCAUCUGACAGUAUAGACAAGUCACCAUUAACCUGCUUCAGUCUUUAUCAAUAAUCCAUGUGUCAACCCCCACUGGUCUGUUAAACACUUCAGUGCUUAUGCUAACUACCAGUUAGGUAAACGGAGCCAUCAUUGCCAUGCCAUAAGCGCCUCACUUGCAUUUUGUUUAUCCAUCUUAAUGAGAUACUCUUAUGCUUUUUAAGCUUAGAAAAGCAUAUGAUAUGUAGUUAACACAAUGUCAUGUGCCUGCCUGUAUUGAAAACUUUCCUCCCAGCAAUAGAAGCAAACUUAAAACAUUACAGUUUCUUCUUGUUGCUCUGCAACUGUGAUGUUGAGCCAAGGUGGUGCUGAGCUUGUCCGGGAUUUAGACACCUACGUUACCCGUAGGAUUUGCUUUUCUAGAUUGCCUUUAUUGAUUAUUAUUAUUUAUAUGUUACCUAGAGUAAUAUUGUAAUAUAUUUUAUAUUCAGUUUCAUAAUGCUUGAAAUGUAAGUUACUAAAAUUCCUUCCAUUUCUAUUCUUAAGUUUGUAUUGUGUUUGCACUGAAUUAUUAGUGGACAUUGGGACUCAGCACUUCCCUGCCUUGGCAUAUAGUCCCACCUGCAGCCUGCUAUGCAGUUGUCUGCUAAUUGAACAAGAUUCCAUGGAAGUCCACUCAUUAUCGUGCUGUAUGAUACCUUGUAUGAUAACUAGAAAUCAUUCAAUAAAGUGGUGCAAAAUUUUA